UUACGUUUUUAAAUCGGAAAGAUAUUCCAUGUAAAAUAUUGUAAAAUAAAAUAUUGUAACAUAAAAUUAUUAAAAGAAUAAAAUGAAAGUAAUUAUUAGUGUAAAUUUAAAUGGUUAAAUGUUUUUCUGUAGUUAAAAUAAACAGAAAGAUACAAUGAGUGCCAAAACUGAAAGCGAAGUUUUAUCAAUAAUUGGGAGAAAAUUGCAUUAUUUUCGUCUGAAUUUUAUUGAACCGCUCUAGUGACCUACUUAAUGCUUUGUCUUUGUGUGAUACAUAAAGGUAUCACUUAGGCUGAACGCUGUUUCCUUUGUCAUUUUAUAUUUUUGUAAAAAAGUAAUUAAAAAUGGCUAGGAUUGUGGACUAUUAUCUACAAAGUUGAUGAUGGAUGAAGUUAUUAGAAAGCCAGCAAAUUACAGUAAAGUAUCAAAAGAAUGCACAGCAGCAUUCUCACCGAAGAAACUAACAUUAUCUGGCAACUUUACACAUAAAUAUAAGGGGUUUAAUAUAUCGGCACCGCUGCGGAGAGCAAGCAUGCGUCAGGAUAUACUGGACAUUGUGGAACGGAGGACCGAGUCUCGGAUGGGGGAGCAGAAAGUUUUUAUUGACGAGAAUCCGAUGUAUGAGGAUCCGAGAGAUGUUAUCGGGGAGAAACCAGCAAAACCUCCAAGAAAGAGAGUCAUCCAAGGUAUAGCGGUCUCUUCUCCAAGGUCUUCGAAAGAAGGGAAGUCACUUCUGAAAGAGCAGAAGAGAAAAUUAACGAAGAAAUAUGAACAACUCAUCACUUCUUUGAUGGAGCGGUGUGAAGAAAAUGUUGUUCAGCUAUCAGAAAAAGAUUCCCAAAUAGCCAAAUUAAAGGAGAAAUUAAAAUCCGUCUUAGAAUACAACAAGUUGUUUGCAGAAGAGAACGAUCAGUUGCGCAGUCAGUAUGACACUGUGGUGAAAUAUGCAGAAGAAUGUAAGAAGGUGAUCAAAGAAGAGAGGGAGAGGAAUAGAGUGUUGGAUGGCAGAGUAAAGGAGUUGCAGGAGAAAGUUAAGCAGUUUGAGUUGCCUGAUAGAGACCACGGAUCGUCGACAGCGAUACCCCUGGUGGAAGUAUGCAUGAGCUGCAGCAGUCGGCAGAUCAUAGUGAACCAGGCGCGGGAACAUAACGCGAGACUGCAGAAGGAUAUGCAGGCUCUCAAAGAUGUUCUGUACAGGCUAAACGUCCAGCUGUCUCGUUACCAAGAGCGACUCCGGUCCAACAUGCAGGCGGUGGCCGGGGACAAGCCCGACGUGUUCAAGCCGGGAGACAAGUACGAUGCACUGGACUCACUGCUCACUGCCAGUCUGGGAUACAAAGAGCCAAAUACGGAAGACGGGCAGACUAAGCCGGGUCCUGAGGAGACUCCCUACACCGGCCGCACUGUGGAUCUUACGGGACUGCUCAGUGCUCAAGCAUUAGCCCCCCUCUUCGAUGCCUACCAAGAGAACCUACAAGAAAAAGACACAUUAAUACUAGACUAUGAAAAACAAUUCGAAACUAUGAACAAAAAGUCUAAACUAAUCGUAACUGAGAACAAAACUCUCACAGAUAAAGUAAAGAGUUUGGAAGAAGAGCUAGUGGGAGUGAGACAGAACUAUAAGAAGUUGGUAGUCGAGAAAGAGACGGGUGAUAUUGAGAAAGCUACGCUUGUUGAAAGAGCUGAGAGGGCGGAGUCUAAACUGAAGGAGGUUUAUGAAUUGUAUGAGGAUAAGAUGUCAGCAAUGAUGAGAGACUACGAGACGGUGCACAGAGAGUACUUCGUAGUGAAGAACAAUCUAGAGAUGGCAGAGAACAAACUGGCGCAACUAGACGUGUUGCGCACGCGCACUGUUCCCGCCGACAUGCACGAACGGAGGCUGGACCAUUGUAAGAGAUUACUAGAAGAGCUGAAACACCAGUACGGCAUGGAGACGGACCGUAAAGGCGAACAGCUGACGAAGACUCAGGAACAGCUCAAGCUGGUCGAGGACAAGUGUACCAAGCUGGCGCAGGAGAACCAGGCGCUCAAGGAGGAACUGGAGAAGGCUUUGAAGAAUGUCAGGUUAUACCGCAAAGCAGCAGUGAUAUUCAGACAGCGUCUGAAGUCGGCCACGGCGCGUAUAACUCGCGUGCGCAGCAGUGCGCGACGGAACAAGAACAACAACAGCGAGCCUCUCAGGCAGGCCAUGGCUGCACUGGAUAAAAUUAAACAGGAGAUUAAGACAGUAAAAUCCCGCGCAUACACAUCACUAGAAGAGCUAGAACGUCGUAUAGUAGAACAGGAGCGGAGGGCUGCGCUCGCGCACGCAGAGUACCGGAGGGAACUGGAGAGGGCGUCACUCGCAUUGGAACAUAAGGAGGCCAUUAUCAGGAGCUUAAUUGAUAAGGUGGCUGAUGUUGAGGAAGUCAGACUCAGCCAAACCAACACCCAUCGUCUCCAAGGUAUAAUAACAGACUCCUCACCAGAGGGAUCUCCCUCCCCCCAUCCUGAACAGAGGAAGGACAUUAAACCCUCAGUAAAGUUGGUACCAGGUCCCGGAGGGUAUUUUCAGGAGAAAGAGGGCAAGAGGAAAGGGAAAUAAAGUGGCCUAUGAAAUGCUAUCAUCAUUAGCUGCUUGAGAAAAAAACCUCUUCUCGUAUUAAUGGAGAAGGAAUCAGCAUUAUCCAUACUUGCUCAAAUUGUGCUGGCGAUUAAAACUUUAAAUAGUGCUCCAUCGUAGGCCGUAUCAUCACUUACCACCAGGCGAGAUAGCGGCCAAACAUCGACCCAUUAAAUGUAAAAAAAAAUCGUCACAAAAACAGAGAAACAGUGCUGAGUAAAGGCCUCUACUCACACGG